AAUUGACAAAUUGACAAAUUUCAUGUGACAUCCUCUCCUCUAUUACUUAUAUAUUCCACAUGUAAUUAAAAAACUAUCCACUUCUUCAUCUCUUUCCCAUGAAUCAUCCUUCCAAAAUGCAAUAUCAUCUCAUCAAAAUCUUCAUCUUCAUCCUAACUCUCAUCUUCUAUGAUGGUUGCGAGGCAUUGGGGAAAGGGACUCUGGCUGGUGGUUGGAAACCAAUUCCCGAUGUCACUAACCCUCUGGUGGUGGACAUCGGGAAGUUUGCAGUGGAUGAACAUGACAAGAAGAACCAUGCGACUCUAAAAUUCAGGAAAGUUGUUAGUGGAAAGAGUCAAGUGGUGGCCGGAAUGGAUUACAAUCUCACAAUUAUGGCUGUUAACGGUGGUCUAGUGCUAAAUUAUGUGGCUGUUGUUUGGGAUAAGCCAGGGCAGAAAUUUAGGCAGUUAGUGUCGUUCAAGGGACCUAUUUGAGGAAGGAAGUUGACGUUGUAUACUUGUAUGGGUGUAUUAUGUAAUCGCAAAUAAAGAGAUAAAGAUAAAUGGUUCAUACAUCAA